UUUUUCUUGUCGGGGACUCCCACCUGAGGCCCAUCGUCGAUGGCUUUGUGAAGAUGCCGGAGAGGGGCAUUUCGUUUGGUGCCAUGUCGACGCCUGGGGCCUGUGCCAGGGACCUGAGGACCGAGUUGGUGCACUUGAGCGACAAACCAGGAAUGGAGCUCCUGGCAGACGUGCUGUGGGAAAUCUCUGAUCGGCUGCUGGAGACAGCUGCUGAGGUGGAGGUUCGUCCCAGCACUCCGCCACCCACUCCAUCUCCUCCACGCCCAGGUCCCAGAGUUGUUGUGAGGGGAAAGAUCCGCUCCCCUCGUCCAGCACGCAACCCAUUGGAUUGGACGCUGGUUGGACCACGCAAGAAGAGGAGCUCCCCAGUGCCACUGUCUCCUGAUGCUCCCAAGAGGGGGAUGGUUCAGCUUAAGGAGUGUUGCAUCCCGCUUACACCUGUGUGGUUCAGCCCAGCCAUUCUGGAGUCCAUGAACCAGGUCCGUCCGGCUGACCUUGGUGACCCUGUGGAUCAUCCAGCUGUCCACAAGCAACAAAUGAAGGUGGAUCGUCGCCGCAGGGCUCUUGCUCCCAAGAAGACCCGGGAGAGGCAGCAGGUGGAGCUGGAGGAGGAGUGGCCCUUACCUACAAGGGCUGUGGUGUUUUCAACGCAGGAGAACUACUGCUUCCCGCAGGCCUCUGGCACAGAAGCAGGUGGAGGCAACACCGCGUGUGGGGGAGGAGUCUGUGGAGCCAUUUCCUGCCAUGGAUGUGGUGGUGGAGGAGGAGGGUCAGCACACACAAAGAUCCAGCAAAGGCUGGUAAAAAAGCAGAGGUGUAUAAGGCGCUUGGAAGAGAAGAUGAGAGAUGAACUUGACAAAGUCAAAAAGUCCGUGGAAGAGGCUCAUUCAGCUUUUGAAUCACACCUUGCAGAGGGCGUUGAAGAAUCACUACGUUUAUGUGACAAAACAAUGAAGUCCAUUUUAGAGCCUCCAAGGACAUUAGGUAGCAGCUUUCACAAGAUACUGAAGUAUGUAGUUCAGAACAAUGGUGCCUACAAAUCAAAGAAAGGGAAACCUAAAAACUUGAAUGAGAAGUUAAGUUCACAUCUGACUGACAGCAUUGAUGCAGAAUUCAAGAAGACCUUCCCAAAUGAAAGCAACUCUGGACCUUUCAAGAAUGUCAUCAAAGAGUUUUCACUGAACACAGAGACGCUGAUUCAAAAGCACAAUGACGUCAAACUGCAACUCACUUUUCUCAAGACAGAGGAGGACAAACUCAAACUACAGCUCCACAAAAUCGUCCGGGAUCGUAAGAAGAAGAUCUACAGCAGCCUGACAGACACAAUUGAGGCAAACAUGAAAACAUGCUAUGACGAAGCAAAAGAGAUUCGUGGACCGGGCUCACUGUUAAAAAUGAGGGAGAUUAUUCUGACUCAUGUACGUGGUACAAGGAACACAAUGUUUGAGAUGGCUAAAAAGAACAUGUUGACACAACUGGAUGCUUUGAAGGGGGAAAUUCUGAAGAAACUCGAGGAAACCCUGAUGGAAUCAAUUGAACUGGCACUCAAGACAGACAGCGACUCAUUCCCAGGUGCUACCCUCCCCACCUGACUGGUCAGGCACACCUGCGGCACCUUGGCAAUCAGGUGGACUGUCUCAAAGCUGCAGGGAUGGAAGCAGACGGGGCCAGUGGGCCAAACCGCCAGAUCGUGAGAAGUGCUGAUGAUCAUGAAGGAGAGCCGUGUGCUGCUCUCCGCCUUUGAUUCAUUCUUAUUUCCUUGGGGCUCCGGCCAUCGUGUUACCUUCGCUUCGCUUCCAUCAGGAAGUAGAUUUAUGUUAACGCUGAUUUACUUAGGCAUAAAUAAAUAGUCUAAGUAUACAAAUAUCUUUGUUUCUUUGCUUUCUUGAAACGCCCGGUACAGUAUUUAAUUGUUGCUCGCCUUUUCCCCUGGAUGCCACAUAUGGGGGCGUAACAAUUUUGGGGGCUCGUCCGGGAUUUAAUUUCGUUUUGAGAAAUCAGUAAAGAUGUUUGUAGUUUAACUAUUUUGUUUUGAAAGCGGCAAUUCACUUCCGGUGGUUUGCAGUCUGUAUUGACGGCGGUGUAUGCACGAUCUAGCCUUACCUAUUUGUACAACUCCCUCAGUUAGGUAGAAGUGUCCAGCUGGGUUGCACGGCACCCUUCCAUCGGACACUUGUUUAUUGUUUUACCUUUUUUAUUUUCGGAGCAAAUCCUGGGCGGGGAUCAAGUUCCCCGACGGGGGUAGGCGUUUCGGGGCUCCGGCCGCCGAUGUUUCUGCCUUUCAAGUCGCCUCGAGCCCGGCACGCUCCAGAAGACAGACAGGAAAGGUGGAUGAUCAGCGUCCUGUCACAGUGUUGCGAGACACUGGUGGCUCCCAGUCAUUCAUUCUUUCCACUGUACUGCCCCUGAGCGCGGAGUCUGCCUGCGGCACAAGCGCAAUUGUAAGAGGUAUCGGGAUGGGGUUUGUACCUGCCCCUCUUCACCGCAUCCAUGUCCAGUCUAACCUUAAAACUGGUUUCUUCCGGGUAGCUGUCCGUUCUUCGUUUCCCAUCGAUGGAGUCGGAUUUAUUAUGGGUAACGACAUAGCUGGGGGUGAAGUAUAUCCAUCACCCGAAGUCGUUGACAACCCUGUGGCAGAACCUAGACAUGAUGAUCUGGUCCAGUGUCACCCUGACGUAUUUUCAGUUAGUGUGCUAACUAGGGGGCAGGCCAGAAAACAAGCUCAGGAUGUCGAUCUGUCUGACUCUGUUUUUGCUUCUGCCAUAUCUGAGGACAGGCUGCCUGCUACGAGAGAAAAGGAGAACUGGGCUGGAGACCUAGAAAAAUGUGAAGGUGGGACAGAGCCCGUCGCUGCUCAUGUGCUGCCACUGACCCGUGAGGCGCUCAUCAGCUCCCAGUCAGGUGACCCGUCUAUGAGAAAAUGUUUUGCAGCAGUUGAGGAUGUCGAUAAAUGUUCUGAAGGUCAGUCAUUUUUCUUGGAUAACGGGGUAUUGAUGCGGAGAUGGAUUUCACCACUAGGAAAAACCAAUGCAGUUAGUGACUGUGGCACAGUGUGUCAGAUAGUGAUUCCAGCUGAAUAUCGGCAGCAUAUACUAGAGUUAGCUCAUGAUCAUCCCUGGUCCGGUCACCUUGGUAUCACCAAAACCCAUGACCGUAUUCUGAAGCAUUUCUUCUGGCCAGGAAUGAAGAAGGAAGUGACACGCUUCUGCAAAACAUGUAGUACCUGCCAAGUGGUGGGGAAACCAAACCAGGUUGUUCCUCCAGCCCCUUUACAUCCUAUUCCUGCUGUUGGUGAACCCUUUGAACGCGUAUUGGUCGAUUGUGUUGGUCCGUUGCCGAGGACAAAAUCUGGUAACCAGUUUCUGUUAACGGUAAUGUGCGUUACCACUCGUUUCCCUGAGGCCAUUCCACUGCGAAAAAUCACUGCACCUGCCAUUACGCGGGCGUUAAUUAAAUUCUUUACCAUGUUUGGUUUACCGAAAGUUGUACAGACUGAUCAAGGAUCCAACUUCCACAAUGUGCGUGGCCCACUGAAAUUGUUAAAGGAAAAGUUCUUGUGUAAUACUUCUUCACAGACUACAGUGCGGGAUUUUGUAUCACGAUGUAAGGAGCGUUUACGUAAUGCUUCUGUGCUGGCUAAAGUGGCACUCUCCUCCUCGCAGGAGAGUAUGAAAGAACGGUUUGAUCGAAAGGCAGUUAAGCGUGAGUUUGAACCUGGUGAGAGAGUUCUGGUGCUGUUACCGACACCUGGCUCUGCCCUUACUGCCCGUUUUUCAGGCCCAUAUGUCAUAAAAAGCAAAGUGUCCGAUACGAACUAUGUCAUUCACACACCUGAGCGCAGACGCAAGGUGCGGUUAUGCCACAUUAACAUGCUUAAAUCCUAUCAUUCCAGAGAGGCCAACCAGGGGGAGCAGGAAAAAACUCCGGAGACUGCUGCCCCUCGUGAAACAACUACUUCCUUGAUUUGUGUGGAAUCAUUGCCUGACGAUGGGUUGGCUGUACUAGGAAGUGAUCAGCAGAGUGUGUGGCGUGUGACGUGGGCUGGAGUUGUCUUAAGACGGUUGGUCGGACUGGAAGUAACUACAGCGGCUGAACAGCAGCGCCUUGCAGCCACACAGUGGAGUGCAGCAGUCAUCAGCAGCACAGCAUGCGGCGUCAGCAGUGAUAGCACAGCCACAUCGAGUCAGUGCACCAGUCGACCAGCGGACCCAGCCUGGUGACAGUGAAGCUCAGCCACUCACCAGGCCACACGGAAGCCACACCUUCAGUCACCCCUUCUAGUACUUUUAAUUAAAUUCCCUUGGACUCAAUCAGCUUUUUAGAUGUUUAUAUGAAUAAUAAAAGACUCGUUAAAUUAUA